UGUAAUUAAUUGUGAAGUGGACAAAGAAAGGUGAAGUGGAGAUGCAGUUUUGAAAGGGACUAGCAGCAUCACUGGUUUCACUUCACUCACUCAAUGGCUUCUUCUCCCUCGUACGCUUGCAUCAUCAUUCUGCUCUCCCUCUCCUUCUCCUUCUCCUUGGUGGUCACAGUCACAGUCACAGUCACAGCAAGAGAAAAGCAAACAUUCAUAGUGCAAGUCCAGCAAGAAGCGAAGCCAUCCAUCUUCCCAACGCACAGGCACUGGUACGAGUCUUCCCUGCCGGACAAGGCCUCCAUAAUCCACACCUACCAAACAGUCUUUCACGGAUUCUCAGCAACCCUCUCCCAUGCCGAGGCACAAAAGCUGCAAUCACUCUCCCACGUCAUAACCCUCAUACCCGAGCACCUGCGCCACCUCCACACCACGCGCUCCCCUCACUUCCUCGGCCUCAACACCGCCGACACCGCCGGCUUACUCAAGGAGACCGACUUCGGCUCCGAUCUCGUCAUCGGAGUCAUCGACACCGGCAUCUCCCCCGAGAGCCAGAGCUUCAACGACCGCGAUCUCGGCCUCCCUCCCCCCAACUGGAAGGGCCAGUGCGUCGCCGGAGAACACUUCCCUCCCACUUCAUGCAACCGCAAGCUCAUCGGAGCCCGCUACUUCUGCGCCGGCUACGAAGCCACCAACGGCAAAAUGAACAGCACCCUCGAGUAUCGCUCCCCCAGAGACUCCGACGGCCACGGCACCCACACCGCCUCCAUCGCCGCCGGAAGGUACGUCUUCCCGGCCUCCACCAUGGGCUACGCCAAAGGAAUGGCCGCCGGGAUGGCUCCCAAGGCUCGCCUCGCCGUCUACAAGGUCUGCUGGAACGCCGGCUGCUACGACUCCGACAUCCUGGCCGCAUUCGACGCCGCCGUGGCCGACGGUGUGGAUGUGAUCUCCCUCAGCGUGGGGGGCGUGGUGGUGCCCUACCACCUGGACGUGAUCGCCGUGGGGGCCUUCGGAGCCAGCGAGGCUGGCGUCUUCGUCUCGGCCUCCGCGGGGAACGGAGGCCCCGGCGGCCUGACGGUGACGAAUGUGGCACCCUGGAUGACGACGGUGGGUGCGGGAAGCAUAGACAGAGAUUUCCCGGCGGAUGUUAUGCUGGGGAACGGCAGGGUGAUUGGCGGCGUGAGUGUGUACGGUGGACCCGGUCUGACUCCGGGACGGCUCUACCCGCUGCUCUAUGCGGGUUCUGACGGUUACUCUUCCUCUCUCUGCUUGGAAGAUUCGUUGGAUCCCAAGUCCGUGAAAGGGAAGAUUGUGGUGUGCGAGAGAGGCGUUAAUUCAAGAGCCGAGAAAGGGCAAGUGGUGAAGAAGGGCGGAGGAGUUGGCAUGAUUUUGACCAACGGACCCUUCGACGGCGAGGGUUUGGUUGCCGACUGCCACGUCCUCCCCGCCACCUCGGUGGGCUCGGCCGCCGGUGACGAGAUUCGUCGAUACAUCUCUCUGGCCUCCCCACCCACGGCAACCAUAAUAUUCAAGGGCACUCGCGUUGGGAUGAUGCCAGCGCCCAAGGUGGCAUCCUUUUCCGGCAGAGGGCCUAAUCCCGAGUCAGCCGAGAUUCUUAAACCGGAUGUUAUAGCCCCUGGGUUGAACAUUCUUGGCGCAUGGCCUAACACAGUUGCACCUUCUGGGCUUGCUUCCGACUCGCGUAGGAGCGACUUCAACAUACUGUCGGGCACUUCCAUGGCAUGCCCUCACGUGUCUGGGCUGGGUGCAUUGCUGAAAGCGGCCCACCCGGAUUGGAGCCCUGCUGCAAUCAGAUCUGCGCUUGUGACUACUGCUUACAGUGUGGACAAGGAAGGAGGGCCUAUGGUGGAUGAGUCUACUGGGAAUGUUUCCUCAUUGUUUGACUAUGGGGCUGGGCAUGUUGACCCCCAGAAGGCCAUCCACCCUGGCCUCAUUUAUGACAUCUCCACCUACGAUUAUGUGGAUUUCCUCUGCAAUUCCAAUUACAGCACCCACAAUAUCCGAGUCAUCACCAGAAAGGUUGCUGAGUGCAGUGGCGCUAAGAGGGCUGGGCACGCUGGGAAUCUCAAUUACCCCUCUCUAUCCGCCGUCUUUCAGCAGUAUGGAAAGCACCUCAUGUCCACUCACUUCAUUAGAACCGUCACUAACGUUGGAGACCCCCACUCCGUCUAUAAAGUCACCAUUGUACCUCCUCCCCACACCGAGCUCACCGUGGAGCCAGACACGCUGUCCUUCAGGAGGUUGGGCCAGAAAUUGAACUUCCUCGUUAGCCUGCAAACCAUGCCGGUUAACCUUUCCCCCGGGAGUUCUACUGUCAGGACUGGUUCCAUAGUUUGGUCUGAUGCCAAACACACCGUCACCACUCCCUUGCUUCUCACCAUGCACCAACCUCUCUGAUUCAUUCUAAAUCACUUCUAUGAUAUCUUCUAUCUACGUCUAUCAACCAUUUCCCUUUCUUCUUAAAUGUAAAUAAACUCAAGCUAUAUCCUAUAUCCUUCUUUCAUGUCUCUAGAAAUUGUAGAAAGAUUCCAUCCACCUUUUCUUUAAUGUUUUCCCUGUCUUCCUACUUCACUUUGCUUGGUCAAAGAUUUCCUACAUGUGCACACACACUAAUCUUUUAUCUUAUGCAUAUCAAUCUUUGUAGGCCAAACAAUUUCACCCUCUCAUAAUGACAAACAAGACAAAUUCCCAUUCA